AUGAUUCAGGAAGCUGGAAAAUAUUCAUUCUUGCGGGUUGAUAAGAAGAAACCUGCUGCAUUGGUGACAAACUUCGAUGAACCAGCUGGGUCUGAUCUGGAACUCGACCUCAACACUGGAAUCGAUAAUGAAAAGCCCAACGAGCCAAAGCUCGACAUGAAGAAUCUGGAAGCUUUUUUCAAGAAUGCUGCCACCGCUUCUCGCCCUCCUCCUUCUAAGCGCACUCCUAAACCCGCAUCUAAAACUAAGUCAAAGACUAACAGCUGGACCGCGAGAAAGCAGAGAUCACUGAAACUGUUUAAAGUCUUGAGGAGGGGUAGCUUCUCAAGCGAAAAAAAUGAGCAGAGGUCUUCGGAACGGAAACAAACAGAACACAAAGAGGAGUCGUCGGACGAAAAGGCAAAGGAAAAAGCAGUCGGUUUCAGCAGAUCAACAGCCGUCGACUCGGUUGUUUUCAACGUUGCGAACAUCCAAAGAGAAAAGCAAGACAUCACUACGAAGUUGAGCUCGUCAAAGAACCAGUAA